CGGAUACAAAGACAUCCGGAUGCGCAACGACGCAGCACUUCAAGAUUCACACACUUUACCACAUUCGACGAUAUUCGCACGACCACCAGAGCCGACGGCGCGCGUUCCAUGUCACCCUCGCUAUCCUCUCUCAACAUGUCUGUGAUCACGCUUGACAACGACGACGCGGACAUGCCCACACCAUUGGGAUCUCCCGUGAAGAAGCAACGCACUGGAAACCUCGACCAGUUGAAGUCGUCGGAAGACUUGCAAGAUGCGCUGGCAUUUGUUCAGAAGUCAUGCACGCUGGCAAAGCGAUGCAUGGUACUCCAACAGUACGGUUGUGCGUUUCGCAUCUUGGCCAAGGUCGAAGAGACCACGCAACUGAUUGCCAAGGAAUCGCGCCGGGGCAUCCUGUCCAAAGUCAACCAACAUCAACACACACGAAGCGAUGACGCCACGGACGACGACGAGUCGUUUGGACGCAUGCGCAAAGUGUCGUUCUCGGACGACGUGUGUGUGGGCCUUGCUGAAGACAUUGAUCGUAGCAUUUCGCCCAUCCCUCGUCCAAGUGUUCACGAGAUGCUGUAUGUCCGCGCCUACCGCGACAUUCCAACCGCCAAUUUGUCGGACUAUUGGGUCGAGUAGGUCCUUAAACCUGUGUCAAUCUUAUUUAAUAUUUACUCGACCUCUGCGAUUGCGUAUCCGCGCCAUAGAGGUCGCGAUCGCCGCCGUCGGGAUGGCCAGAAUGUGUUCGGAUAAUCAACAAUUGCAGCAGCAGCAUAUCCGGAUGUCCCGCC